CUUACGCUUUGACGGAUUCAGACUUUUAAUCUCUCUGGUGUGCAGGAGGAAAAUCUGUUCCUCCCGGCAGUCAAACAGUCUGCAGAUUAGCUUUCCAACACCAGCAAAAGUAGAUUUAGAGAAAUAAAUGUAAUUUGUUUUAUGGCGGUGUAGCUCUAGUUUUAGAAAUACAGUGGUCUUCCUGCAGACCUUCUUUAUAGGUGGGGAUUUGAUUGGGAUACAUGAGGACUCAAUAGGAUUUGUUUACCAGGUGCUCCAGAAAUAGCUCCCAGGGACCACUCUUCUGGAAAAGGUCAGUUGAAACCAUGAGCUCCUGAUGGCACUGUCAGGAUGUACCGACUCAAAAACCCAUCAUCUGAGGGGAUUUCUGCACCUUCCUGUUUGAAAUUAUGGGUCAGGUCCAGGCCACCUCAGAAAAAGAAGUGACUCUUCAGCACAUUCAGGAACUGUACCGAAAAUUUACCAGUGAAUGUCCAAGUGGAAACCUGCACCUGCAUGAAUUCAAGAAAAUCUUUGGGGUCAACAGCAAAUCACCAGAGGAGGAGCUGGCUUUCAUUGAACUUGUCUUUAAAUCCUUUGAUACUAAUAAGGAUGGUAAAUUGGACUUCAUGGAGUAUGUGGCAGCUGUGAACCUCGUUCUUCGUGGAAAACUCAUCGACAAACUGAAGUGGUCUUUUAAAGUGUAUGACAAUGAUGGGAAUGGCUCUCUGACCAAUCAGGAAGUGAGACGUGUUGUCAAAAUCAUCACCAAGAUUAAAAGACGCAAUGAGCAGAAUGUGGAAGUUGAUGUUGAUGACAUCUGUGACAGGAUAUUUCAACUGGUGGACAAGAACAAAGACUGUCAGAUAUCUUUGGAGGAGUUUAUUGAGGGAGCAGAGAAGGAUCCGUGGCUCAUGGAGCAGCUUAGACUGGACAUUGCACCUUCAGACUGGUUCAUUCAACACCAGGAGAAAAAGUCCUGAGUCCUGGGAUGACACUGUGGGAAUAUUCAGCCUUAUUGUUCAAGAAGAACCUUUGACUUCUUCUGUAAGGAGAUCCUUUUUUUUCAACAAAAACACUGGAUUAAACUACAGUCAGCCUUAAUUUUUAAUUUCUUAUUUUCUGGACGGAUUUUUUUGCCCAUUUAUCUUCAAUGUAAAUAAUGGAGUUGUUUGAAAGUCUAUUAGGUAAAAAUUUCCUAAUAUUAUCCUUAGUUUAAGCUUCUCUUAGGGUAAUAUUUCAACCAAUGAAUUCUGUAUCAAAUAGGACUAUGAAUGAAGACAAACCAGAGACUCUGAAGGUCCUCCAGUUUCAUUGCUGGUCACCUUUUUGCUUUGCUUUAUUUGCCUUUUUAAUUCUAAAUACAACUCUCCCCAUACUUGCUGGUAAAGUUGUUUUAAAAAGCCUUAAAAUAAAUGUUUCCUUGAUAAAUAGAACUGUACUUAGUAUAAUCUCUCUACAAUAUGGGGUCCUCUAUUCAGCUCCAACAGGUUUUCUACACAGUUUAGUGAAGUAGAUUCAGGAAGAUUGAUUGACCAAAUUGGCAAAUUUCAUAUUUUUAUGAUGGUAGGACAGAAAAUGCAUUUUGUUGCCAGACAACCUGUUACCAUGUAGAUGUUUUUAAUGGCUGCCUAAAACAUGGCUCCCUUGGCUGCAGAUGUUUGUGUCUUCCCCACCCACUUCAUAUUAAUGUUUGGUGGAACUUUGGUUCUGCCCCAGCCUGGUAAAACACAGAUUCAGUUGGUUCAGAUCUGUUUUUGUUAGUUUGACUGACAGAAGUUUUAUAAAGGUUUGACACACUUUUUCAUCCACUCACUGAGUUGUGAAGUUUAUAACCAAUCUGCCUUAAUUUGACAUAUGUUCUCAGAAACAUGAUUCAGUGUCACGUCAUAUUCAAACCCAUAGAAUAAAAAAGCAGAAAAGUUUCUGGGUUUUCAGAGAGACGCAUCCAAAAAUUCUUCAGUUUCAUUUGUUUUAAAGGAGUUGGUAGUUCCUCCAUCCAUCCAUCCAUCCAUCCAUCCAUCCAUCCAUCCAUCCAUCCAUCCAUCCAUCCAUCCAUCCAUCCAUCCUUGUACCCCUUCACUCUUCCAAGAUAACACACCUAUGUUAAGGCCUGCUAUCCUUACAGGGACUUUGCAUUGACUUACAUUGAAUUUUGCAUUUGCAUUUGCACUCACUCCUAACCCAGACUAUCCUAUCGCCAAACAUUACCAACACAUACCUAACCUUAAAACUAACCAAAAAUUUAUUCAUAGCUUAUCCUGAUCAUAAUUCUAAACCCAAGAAAAGAACCUGUCCUCAUUGGGGACCAGUCAACUGGUCGAUCGCUCGAUUGCUGAGGUUAAGUCCCUACAAAGUAGCAUAUUCCUGGAAUAUUGUCCUCAUAAGGUAACAAAUACUUGGUCACACCACAUACUGAAGAGCAAUCUAGAGAAGGAAUUUGAUGUUUUUGGACUGAGGUAGGAAGGCAGGAUACCCAAUGAAAUGCCCAUGUAUGCAGAGGGAGAACAAACAGACCAUCUUCUGCUAACUGUGCCACUGUGAAACCCCCUCCCUUAUCUUAGUUGUGGUAUUCUCUACUGUUCAAACCACUUAUUUCUUUAUUUUCUAUGAAAAAAGAAACAAUUAUUUUAAGGCUUUUUACAUUUACUUCUUAAAUGUGAUACUGGUUGUGGUACCAGAGUGUAAGUGAGUCUCAAAGAAGCUGUUGACUCAUUCCUGCUAAGCUGUAAACUUACAAUAUGUAUUUAGUUUAAUAUUUUUUCCUGGUUUAACCUUCAAAGAUGACAAAUUUAGUUAAACAUUCAUGUCCUAUCAGAAAACCCUCCAAUCAGUCAAUCGGUAUGUUUGUUUAUCACUAUAUACAACAUUAAAAAGUUAAGAAAGAUGCUCAUAAAACAUGUCAGAAGAUGAUGGACAGAUAAAGAGUGGAUGAACACCAGAGUCCCACUGAGCAUUAGACGGUUAAUCCGAUCCAUAAUAGAACCUAAACUUGGGUAAAGCUUAUUCCACUCACCCCACUGUUUUCACCUUGACCUUGGUACUCAUGGUUCACCAUGAAGACCUCAGUGCCCUGUUGUUUAUACCGAGUGACUAGUGAGGUGGAGCAAAGUGCUUCAGUGUAGUAAGAACAAAGAUGGAUGUAAGGAUUGACUGGAAAGCCAAUGAAGCAUCAGAGAACUUGGGUAAAUGCUGUUGCUCCGGAUGUUUUGGUUAAAGGAAGUGAGCUCUGGCACAUUCUGACAAAGGAAAUAAUCUAAAUUAUUGAUGGGAUGAAAGCAUGAAUGGCAUUCUUCCAGCAACGAAGAAAAGGUAUAACUCUGGUCUGGAGACAAAGCUUUGUCAACAGUAUCAGUCACAUUUUUCAGCUUUUCAGUUCUGGGUAAAAAGCCAAAAUGUGACAUCAAACAGACAGACUACUGCGGAAAAAAUAAGAUACACCAAUCUUCUCACUAAUCAGCUGCAAAAAAAAAAUAGCCAUAGCUUUACCUGAUUUUCUACAGUUCAGCAGACAGCUUGAGGACCUGCUGUUACCUUCUGGCGCCAUGCAGCCACCAGCUGAUUCAGCAGGAUGGUGGUUCAAAUGGUUCAGAAAACUCCCCAAAUGAAUCCAUUUGUGUCGAGUUCCCCCUCUGAGGGUUGUGGAUGUGGGUUUUCACAGAUCUAUAAAUAGACCCGUGAGGAAUUAUUCUAAAAGCUGCAUGUUUGUGCAUUUUUACAUCAGUAUAGCAUCACAGCUUAAAACGUAAAGGCAACUCCGCUACAUCAGAAAGACUGCUGGGUUUUUUUCUACUCUGCAUUUUGUCAACAAACCAUGAUGAUUGUGAACCACAUGUUUAGCAACAUGUUAUUAAAGUUGGUAUAACCCUGGAUUAAGCCAACGGGUCAGAAGUAUGUUAGAAAGGUUAAAUGCCAUUAACUGAAAACUAAAGCCAGAGGUGAUUUCACUCUAUACUCAGGGAUCAGUAGUUUAUACCUCCACUUGCUGUCUUUGUGCCAGAAAAUAGUUUCUAAAACCUUUUUUUCUUGGCUUUUAAAGGUGUUUACGGUAGCAGCUAUUCAAAAUUUCCCCAUUUUCCUUGAUGGGCCCUUGGCUGGUCCCCUACACUUCCUUUUUAAACGUAAUUUUUUGUACUAAAAUAUUCUUUCAGCCAUGAUUUGUGGACAUUAAGAACUAAAGAGAAGUGAAAGGAGGGAGUCGGAGUAAAAAAUAAGCAAGACCAUAAGAAGGCCAGUGGCUGGAAGUUGUAGGGGAUUUUGCUGCCAUUGGGCCGGCUUUUGACUGGACAGGGUUAUUUUGAAUGGUUGCUACUGUAUGUUCUUGCUCCUUUAUAGCUCUCUGAUCUACUUAUUUCUCAAAGGCCUCUUCAGGUGACUGGCUUUUGUUGGUGGAACAAAUACGAUCAGAUAUUUCAGUCAAAAUGAUGGAACAAAUUGUUAU